ACCCCUGUUUGACCUCUCAGAGAGCGGAUCCUUGGGGAUGGGAGGUCUAACCGGUCAGGUAGUGUGUCCAGUCAGAACUUCCCAGUGAGGCUAACGGUUCAGAUCGUCAGAGACCCGGUGUUGGACUCCAGCGGUCAUGGGUUCACCCUCUCCAAACAGCACCCCCUGCUGGUCAGGGACGUGGCUACAGGUACGCUGUGUGUGUGUGUUGUUGUUGUUGUUGUUAUGGAACUGACUAGACAGCCUACACUGUACUUGCUAAGUCUAGGGGUUCUAGGUUUGCCUAAUGGUUAUGUAACUUGAAUGAAUGUGUCCAUUAAUGUGACAAGUAAGCAAAUGUGACCAGGUGUUGAAUGCAUGUACCCAGGAGACAGCUGCCUUACCUAGGUCCAGGGCCAGCUCUGCCUUAACUCCUUUUGAUUGGCCAGUGCAAGUGGAUUAUUAUUUCUUCAGAUGGUGACUAAACAAAUAUGUACAAAAAGGAAAAAUACCAAUGGCAUGUCCAAACUAAAGACUCAACAACAAACGAAAGGCCUCAUGGCCACCAAACAAACAAUCAGCUUCACGGCUUGCAAGCUGGGACACUGACUGACCAACCCCUUAUUUGGCAGCACCUGCCCAUAUCAAGGCUUGGCAGCACAACACUUGGUUGACCUGGUUGCUGGCUGCUGGCUGAGUGCUGUAGUGUGCUGUCUAAACCUAUUCCAUAACAGUGUGUGUGUGUUUGUAUUAGGACUUGAUGCAGUAGUACAUAUCAGUGAUUUUUUAUCUAUGACGCUGUUUCUGUAAUUGAAAUGUGUGUCUACGUCCCAGUUUUUUUUUUAAUGGUAUGUCUAUGUCUGUAAGUUGUUAUGUCUGAUAUUUGUCUCAAACAUUGUUCCCCUCUGCUGCUGUCUUGGUUGGACCAGGUCUCGCUUGAAAAAUAGAUAUUAUCUCAAUGAGACUAACCUAAAAUAAAUAAAAUGUGUCUCAGAGAGAGAGAAUGCUCUCACUCAAAUAUGGCCACCGGCUUCCUCAUGCCACAGUAGACUCGCCCACAGAGAGAGAGAGAGAGAGAGAAUGCUGUCCCUCAAAUAUGGCCACCGGCUUCCUCAUGCCACAGUAGACUCGCCCACAGAGAGAGAGAGAGAGAGAAUGCUGUCCCUCAAAUAUGGCCACCUGCUUCAUCAUGCCACAGUAGACUCGCCCACAGCAAGACAGAUUUAGGCUCGCACGACCAUGCACACACACACACACACAAACACGUGCCCAUGCGCACACACACACCAACCCUCUCCUGGCAUUUAGAAUGCCAGGCACCGUGCCAAAAAAGCCACAUAAACAAAAGAGCCACCUGCUCAUCCUUUUCAGAUUUGAUCACUCAUCCUCCCUUCAUUUAUGUGGAGAAACACACGCACACCCGCACACACACACACAGCCUUGCUGAGCUGUGUCUUUUCUCUAGCAACAGCUGAUCAGUACCCUGCUGCCCCCAGCCCAAUAAUCACAACCUUCUGCCAGAGAGAGGGGGGGGUAUGAAAAAAGAGAGAGAGAGAGAGAGAGAGAGAGAGAGAUGGGGUGUGGGACAGAGAGGGAGAAGAGAGAAAGAAGAAGAGAGGUGGGGGGUGUAAAAGAGACCGAGAGAGAGAGAGAGAGAGACAGACAGAGAGAGAGAGAGAGAGAGAGGGAGGGAGUGAGCCAGAGUGAGAGGCAGAGAGAGAGUAAGAGACAGAGCGAGAGUUUGAAGGGAGGAGGGGCAACACCUGAGGGAAUCAGUAAGGUCCUGGCAGAGCAGCAGAGGAAGAGGGAGGGAGGGGGGAGGAAGAGGGAGGGGGGGGAGGAAGAGGAGAGGGGGGGGGGGGGGGGAGGAAGAGGGAGGGGGGGGGGGGGGGGGGGAGAGGGGGGACUGAGUGGAGCGCAGGUUGACGUUUAUUUUCAUGAAUCUUUUCCUGGAGGCAGUACUGAGUGAUUUCCGCUAAAAUUGGCUAUAUUGUAAAAAUGAAUUAAAACAAAAACUAGCUUUUUGGUCUUAAUUUAAGGAUUAGGGUUAGGCAUUGAAGGCGCUGCAUGGUCAAUCCGACUUCUGCAUUGGCUGUGCAGCAUUUACAGUGAUAUGGGCUCUGCAGAAGUCAGGGCAUUCAUACUUCUUGCGCUUCGCGGAGCAGCGCAGAGCUGUUGUGAAGGAAGUUGUCAAGGAAGUGAGUUUGUGUUUAUACAGGACCUCCUGCCCUCAACUACCGUCAACCAAUCAUGUCAAUGCGGAGCUAUACGGAGCCCUCCGCUGUAAGGGUUGGUGUGAGGUGUGUCCCAGGUGCGGUGCAGGAUAGACAGUAGGCAGUAGGCAGAGAUGGUGAAACAAGGAUCUUUACUUGUGGUCCCAAAGCCAGGAUACAAAAUAACAGUCACGAUAAAAUAAAGGAGGAGCAAGUUGGUCUCCAAAAACAGGCUGACAGCAAAAAUACGAAAUACUAACUACAACUGAAACAACAAUGAAACAGGGAGAACACUUCUCAAGUACCUGUACAUACCUCUCGCAAUCAGACACUGAUUCGUACUGCUUCGCAUCGAGAAACUAGCAGAGAAAACUGAGCAAGGGAACACAGGGAAGUGAGGGCAUAAAUACACAGGUGAACAGGUAGACACAGGUGACACCAAUAAGAUAAUGAUUAGUCCAGACUGUGAGUGAGGAGGUGCCUAAGGUUGUCGGAGGAGGACACCUAGUGGGUUGCUCCGGAACUGCGACCCCCUCCUGUAACACUCUGCAUUGUUACACAAUUUGAGAGGCGCACGGCGAUGCGAUACAGAGUUCAAUUUGGCCUCUGCAUGCCUCCGGAGGCUCCGCAAUUGCGUCACACCCUCCAUACGGCACCUCCGACCACAUUUUCGGAUCAAGGAUAAAUUGGCUCUUAGGGUUAGAAGUGUGGUUAAGGUCAGGAUUAAGGUUAGGGUUAGGUUUAAAAUCAGAUUUUAUGACUUUGUGGACUGUGCCAGCUAGUAACCCACUCUGCAGAGCUGUGUCCAGAAUUGUCCAAUAUUGUAGGGAUCAGGGUAUUGACAGCGUUGUCACAAAGCACAGAAGGGGUUGGCAGACCUGGGGUUGUGAAAGAGGGAGCGAGAGAGUGAGUGUGGUGUGAGUGUGUGACAGUGCCAUAUUGCUGUCAGUGGUAUGGAGAGUGGGUUCAGGGACAGGGCUUUGCUGGGCAGGCUUUGCUGUGUGUGUGGGGGGGUGUGGGUGUGUAAGGAGAGAGAGAGCGAGAGAGAGGGGGUAGCAGAGAAACUGCUGUGCCUCUGUCCUGCUCUCUGGCCUGAAGACAAAUGAGUAUAAAUAACCAACCAAAGCAAGCAGAGAGGCUGGCAGAGAGCCUGGGAGAGCGGCUGGCAGAGAGUCUGGCAGAGAGGCUUGUAGAGAGGCUGGCAGAGAGGCUUGUAGAGAGGCUGGUAGAGAGGCUGGCAGAGAGCCUGGGAGAGAGGCUUGUAGAGAGUCUGGCAGAGAGGCUUGUAGAGAGGCUGGCAGAGAGUCUGGCAGAGAGGCUUGUAGAGAGUCUGGCAGAGAGGCUUGUAGAGAGGCUGGCAGAGAGGCUUGUAGAGAGGCUGGUAGAGAGGCUGGCAGAGAGCCUGGGAGAGAGGCUUGUAGAGAGUCUGGCAGAGAGGCUUGUAGAGAGGCUGGCAGAGAGUCUGGCAGAGAGGCUUGUAGAGAGUCUGGCAGAGAGGCUUGUAGAGAGGCUGGCAGAGAGGCUUGUAGAGAGUCUGGCAGAGAGGCUUGUAGAGAGGCUGGCAGAGAAGCUGGCAGAGAGGUUGGUAGAGAGGAUGGUAGAGAGCCUAGCAGAGAAGCUUGUAGAGAGGCUGGCAGAGAGGCUGGCAGAGAGGUUGGUAGAGAGUCUGGCAGAGAGGCUGGCAGAGAUUGGUAGAGAGGAUGGUAGAGAGGCUGGCAGAGAGGCUGGUAAUAAUGUUAACCCCUCAUGCCUCCCCAGGGGAGCGACUGUAAGCACAUGUGACUGUGUUGAAUUAUAUAACAAAUGUUAUCUUCUGUGUGUGUGCGCACGUGUGUGUGUAGGUGGCCCAGCGGAUGGCAUACUGUACCCUGGAGACCAGGUAUUACAGAUGAAUGACCUGGUGGUAGAUGAUCUCAGCUAUGAACAGCUGCAAGACAUCACCAGGUAACUAACGUUGUAUUUUCUCUCUUUAUUCCCUCUGUCCCUUACUCAAUUUUUUCCCUCUAUUUCUCAGUCUCUAUAUUCUAACUAGACAGUAGAGUAGUUAGUCAGGUUACUGGGACUCCCUUCCAGUGUAUCCAGUUCUGAAAGCAUACUUUCAUUUGUGUGAUUGUGUGUGCGCGCGCGUGUGUGCAUGUGUGCUUGUGCGUGUGUGAGUUUGAGCGUGUCAGGUCAAAUGUCAGUGUAGUGAAAAUGCACACAUGACAGCUGGACAGAAACAUCUUGUCUCUGUGUUUCUUCAGGGACUUGGAGGACUCUGUCACAAUGACAAUCUUAAGGCACAUGACAGUAAGUGUCUGUCUGUGUGUGUGUGGUGUGUGUGUGUGCGUGUGCAUAUUUGAAUGUGUGUGUGUUAAUGAUGACAUAACGUUGUCUUCCUGUGUGUCAGGGUCCUAAGUCGUCCAUCAUGUCGGCGGAGAAGAGGGCUCGUCUGAGGAGUAACCCGAUCAAAGUGCGCUUCGCAGAGGAAGUGGUCGUCAACGGUCACACUCAGGUCAGGACCUCACACACAUUCUCUCUGGUGUUCUCUAUCCCUCUCUCUCUCUCUCACUCUCUCUCUCUCUCUCUCUCUCUCUCUCUCUCUCCUCUCUCUCUUUCUCUCUCUUUCUUUCUCUCUCUUUCUCCCCUCUCUCUCCUCUCCCCCUCUCUCCCCCUCUCUCUCUCUCUCUCUCUCUCUCUCCCUCUCUCCCUCUCUCUCUCUCUCUCUCUCUCUCUCUCUCUCUCUCUCUCUCUCUCUCUCUCUCUCUCUCUCUCUCUCUCUCUCUCUCUCUCAUUCUCUUAUUCUCUUGUUCCUGCAGGGAAACUCUCUUCUGUUUCUGCCCAACGUUCUGAAGGUCUACCUGGAGAACGGACAGACCAAGGCCUUCAAGUUCGACGCUACCACCACCAUCAAGGUACGGAUAUAACAUGUCUAACAUUUUACCUACAAAUAUCACUCAUGCUUGUAAACCUGUGUCGUCUGCAUGACUCAGUAGCCCACUAGCGCUAACACAAGUAUUCAGUUGUCAAGCAACAUUAAGACAACAAAACGAUACAAAAUACCUAACUGUGUUGUUUUGUUGCAGGACAUCGUUCUGACUCUGAAGGACAAGUUGUCUAUCCGCUGUAUUGAGUACUUUUCUCUGGUGCUGGAACAGCAGUACAGUAUCACCAAGCUUCUGCUGCUGCACGAGGAUGAGCUUAUACACAAGGUGAGGAGAACACACACACACACAACACACACACGUGCAACCUCACCCACACAUGCAAUCACACACACAUCUCACCCACACAUCCAACCUGUGUAACCAGUGCAGUCAGUCAAACAAUAUUUAUCUCUAAAUCACGGGUCUCCAAAAGGUAGAUCGUGAGCUACUGUAAACUGUCAUAAACAUAAAGCUCCCGGCUACUGUCCAAUCAAAGCCACAUUGACAUUUUCCCAGCCCUGGUUAGCCACUAUUGGCUUAAAAAGCCAAAUGUAACACAAUAUCUACCAAUUAAUUUCCAGCAAUGUUUGGUCACCUCAAUAUAACCCUGUGUAACAUGCAUGUGUUUGGUCACCUCAAUAUAACCCUGUGUAACAUGCAUGUGCUUGGUCACCUCAAUAUAACCCUGUGUAACAUGUAUGUGUUUGGUCACCUCAAUAUAACCCUGUGUAAUGUGAAUGUUUCUCCAGGUGGUGCAGAAGAAGGAGAACAGCAGCCAUGACUACAGGUGUCUGUUCAGGGUGUGUUUCAUUCCCAGAGACCCCCUGGAGCUGCUACAGGAAGACCCCACCGCCUUCGAGUACCUCUUCCUCCAGGUGAGUAGCUAGCCACAUCUACCUGUAGGCCUAGACUACCAUCUUUAGUGUCUGUAACUAGUCUGCCUAUACUUUCACCUGUACUUAUAGCCAUGAGACCCUGUUUAACUGGCACACAGGUGAGCAGUGUUGGCUGUAAUAGAGGAGUCUCCUUCGGCUGAGAAUCAGAGUUUAUUUACAGGGAGGAGCUUACGAGUCUUUUUGUAGAGUAAAACUUUAUUUGGAAGCUACUGCGCUGCGUACAGAACUCAACAUCGUUGAGAUAAGUUGAGUUUCCUUUUAGGCCUAUUUGGCGGGGAAAGUGUGAAGCGAGCUGUAGCCUAUUGCCUGUUUCUGUUUAUGAGUCUUUUAUUAAAGAAUGUGAAACAAUGUGACUAUUUCAUUAAAUAAUGUAGCAGUUCUUUAGGCUAUGGCCUAAAAUACAUUUGUUCAUAUGGGCAGAAUACUGGUAAAUCUUUUAGUCCCGUUUGCUUUCUCUGUUAAAUCUUCUAGACCUUGUUGUAAAUCAAGCAGACAAUAGCAGAUGAUCAACAUAAAUUUAGGGGUAUUGGAUUGGAUCCAAUGUGGAUCACAACUUCACUGGCACAACGAAAAGGACAUCAACAUAUUCUGGACAUUCUUCCGAACACCAUUUUCCCGCACUGGAUGUUUUUGCAUCGCCUCCAUAUCACAAAACUGUUUGUCACUUGACUGGAUCUGCUGAUGAUGGUCGACAAUACCAGUAUGCCUAGCUAAACAGCUGGAUACCAAAUGCGCAUCCAACAAGUAGGUCUAUUAGUCUACUAUACUCAUAGCCUAUUGAAGAACCACAGAAGUUAGGUUACUCUUUCGGUUAGAAGCAUUCGAUAUUGCAAUCGCAUACAUCAUUUUGGAUUUGUGUAUCAUUUUGGAAACUGUAUUCACUGCGUAGCGUAAAAUAUCCAGAUGAACAUUUGAUAAAGUGGUGCUGCCAUUAAUAGUGCACCAUCUCAUGUCUCGAUUUUGUCUCCUGAUGGCCCAUAAGUGGUCGGAAGGAAAUAUCAAGGAAAUAUCAAGGAAAUAUCAUAGGCCUAGUUUUAUUAUAUAUCGAUAAUUAGAUUCUAUGGCGCAAAUUGAAAGAAAAUGAAUUAGGUUUAAAUAACUUUUCUUUAUAUGUGCAUAAGUAGGCUUAUGGAUGACAUUUUUCAAGUUAUUCGCCCAACCCUGUUUUAUUUAUUCUAUCUAAAAGGAAGGCAACUAAUGCAGCACAUUUGUAUUUAUUUAUUUUAUACAAUAUUCUGCCCAUAUGAACAUAUCAACGAAUUUACCACCAGCCAGCCGUCGUUCCCUAGCCAAUCGCGCACACGUGGUCGACAAAGGAGUUCGCUUUUGCUGCAGCCUUCGCUGUAAAAUAUAAUGUAUGGCGGCGGUACUUCACAGGGAGGGAUUAUAGCCAAACCUGUGUCAGUGUGAUUUAUUGUAGAGGAAAUACAAUUUGUUUCAUACCUUGUGUGUGUAUCUUUCUGCCUGUGUGUUUGUGUGUUUCAUGCUGUGUGUAUAUAUAAUGCUGAAUGUGUGUGUAUAACGCUCUCUGUGUCUGUGUUUGUGUUGUCAGAGUGUUGGGGACGUUCUACAGGAGAGGUUUGCGGUGGAAAUGAAGUGUAACACUGCACUGCGUCUGGCUGCCCUGCACAUGCACGAGAGACUGGACAGCAUAGGCUCCACCCGGACCUCUAUCAAGAGCAUCACGUGAGACACACACACACACACACACACACACACACACACACACACACACACACACACACACACACACACACACACACACACACACACACAAACAAACAUUGAUAUUGUCUCCUGUGUGUACUGUGACAGGAAAGAGUUUGGUCUGGACAGCUUCAUCUCUCCCACUCUGCUCAGUAACAUGAGAGAGAAGGACCUGAGGAAAGCCAUCAGCUACCACCUCAAGAAGAUCCACUCACUGCUGGAGCCACGACAGAAGGUAUGGCGGGAGGGAGAAGGGGAAAGGGGAAAGGGAGAGGGGAGAGAAAGGAGGGAGAGAUUAUACGUGCAAUACCUUUUUCUUGUUGUCGUCAAUGUUGUCGUCAUUGUCGUUCUCGUUCUCUCUCUCUACCUCUCCCUCUCCCUCUCUCUCCCAGGUGAUCUCAGCCACUCAGGCCCGGCUGGCCUACCUCACCCAGCUUGGAGAGCUCAUCUCCUACGGGGGCCGCUCCUACACAGCCACCAUGAUGGUUAGUGUGUUUGAAACAACUUACAAAGGAUCAUCACAGCUGUCAAUCAUUCUCUGACUCUGCCCCAAUUUAGAGAGCUGUUAUUGGCUGGACAGGAUUGACCACCCCCAUUCUGGCCUCGUUUCACCCUGUGAUGAUUCAGUAUGCAUCUCAGACUGUAUCUACUUCUUUCUUCCUUUCACCCCUCUUCCCUUUCUCUCUCUCUCCCUACCUCUCUUCCUCUUUUUCCUCUCCCUCUCUCUCCCCAUCCCCCUUUAUCUUUGCCCCUCUGUCCUCCUCCCCCUCUGUUCUUCUCCGUCCUCCUCCACCCCAGUUGCAGGACCGGGAGGCGCUGGUCAGUCUGUUGGUGGGAGCGCGCUACGGCCUGAGUCAGGUGGUCAACCACAAGCUCAACAUGGUGUCCACCCUGGUAGACUUCAGCAGCAUCAGUAGAGUGGAGCUGCUCUCUGAGUCGGACAGAGUCAGCCUGCUACGCAUCUCACUGCACGACAUUAAGGUAGGAUACCAUACACACUGUACAGUCCAUUCAGAAAGUAUUCAGACCCCUUGACUUUUUCCACAUUUUGUUACGUUACAACCUUAUUCUAAAAUUGAUACAAUAGCCCCCCCCCCCCCCCCCCAUCAAUCUACACACAAUACCCCAUCAUGACAAACCAAAAAUAGGUUUUUCGAUUUUUUUGCAAAUGUAUUAAAAAUAAAAAACUGAUAUCACAUUUACAUAAGUAUUCAGACCAUUUACUCAGUACUUUGUUGAAGCACCUUUGGCAGAAAUUACAGCCUCAAGUCUUCUUGGGUAUGAUGCUACAAGCUUUGCACACCUGUAUUUGGGGAGUUUCUCCCAUUCUUCUCUGCAGAUCCUCUCAAGCUCUGUCAAGUUGGAUGGGGAGCGUCGCUGCACAGCUAUUUUCAGGUCUCUCUAGAGAUGUUCGAUCGGGUUCAAUUCCGGGCUCUGGCUGGGCUCAAGGACAUUCAGAGACUUGUCCCGAAGCCACUCCUGCGUUGUCUUGGCUAUGUGCUUAGGGUCGUUGUCCUGUUGGUUUUCAUCAAGGAUCUCUCUGUACUUUGCUCUGUUCAUCUUUCCCUCGAUCCUGACUAGUCUCCCAGUCCCUGCCGCUGAAAAACAUCCCCACAGCAUGAUGCUGCCAACGCCAUACUUCACCGUAGGGAUGGUGCUAUGGUUCCUCCAGACGUGACGCUUGGCAUUCAGACCAAAGAGUUCAAUCUUGGUUUUAUCAGACCAGAGAAUCUUGUUUCUCAUGGUCUGAGAAUCUUUAGGUGCCUUUUGGCAAACUCCAAGCGGGCUGUCAUGUGCCUUUUACUGAGGAAUGGCUUCCGUCUGGCCACUCUACCAUAAGGCCUGAUUGGUGGAGUUCUGCAGAGAUAGUUGUCCUUCUGGAAGGAACUCUGGAGCUCUGUUAGAGUGACCAUCGGGUUCUUGGUCACCUCCCUGACCAAGGACCUUCUGCCCCGAUUGCUCAGUUUGGCAAGGGCGGCCAGCUCUAGGAAGAGUCUUGGUGGUUCCAAACUUCUUCCAUUUAAGAAUGAUGGAGGCCACUGUGUUCUUGGGGACCUUCAAUGCUGCAGAAAUAGUUUUUGGGACACUUCCCCAGAUCUGUGCCUCGACACAAUCCUGUCUCGGAGCUCUACAGGCAAUUCCUUCGACCUUCGGUUUUUGCUCUGACAUUCACUGUCAACUGUGGGACCUUAUAUAGACAGGUGUGUGCCUUUCCAAAUCAUGUCCAAUCAAUUGAAUUUACCACAGGUGGACUCCAAUCAAGAUGUAGAAACAUCUCAAGGAUGAUCAAUGGAAACAGGAUGCUCCUGACCUCAAUUUCAAGUCUCAUAGCAAAGGGUCUGAAUACUUAUGUAAAUAAUGUCUUUAUUUAUUUAUAAAAACCUGUUUUCGCUUUGUCAUUAUGGUGUAUUGUGUGUAGAUUGGUGAGGAAAUGUUUUGAUUUAAUCCAUUUUAGAAUAAGGCUGUAACGUAACAAAAUGUGGAAAAAGUCAAGGGGUCUGAAUACUUUGCACUGUAUAUGAUACACAUACACACACACAGAGAUCACACACACACUCUCUCAGACACACAUGUUUGCUCAUAGCUAUGCUUAGUUCACACACAAAUACAUUGGAUGGAAAAUACAACAUGCAUUCUCUCUUCCUACUCCCCUCUCUCUCUCUCUCUCUGUCUGUCUGUCUGUCUGUCUGUCUGUCUGUCUGUCUGUCUGUCUGUCUCUCUCUCUCUCUCUCUCUCUCUCUCUCUCUCUUCCUCUUUCUCUCUCUCCGUCUCUCUUCCCCCUCUCUCUCCAGCCUUUUGCCUUACUGAUGGACUCUCUGGCAGCCAAAGACUUGGCGUGUCUACUGGGGGGCUACUGCAAGCUCCUGGUGGACCCCAGAGUGUGUGUGUUCCGUCUGAGACGCCCCAAGGUGCGGGUGCACAGGAUACCUGCUGAGGAAGGUGUGUGUGAAGGGAGGUUCGCCGUUAUAGAGGGAGUUUGCUAUGAAUCGCUGACAAGUGAGCAUCAAUGUUUAACUAUAAUUUUUCCUUUUUGGCAUUGAUCAUACUAUUUAUUUUGGCGUGGAUAUCAGCCAGUAUGGAUAGUUGAUACAGAUCAAACAUAUUCAUUUGAGACUACUAUUAUUAGUAUAGUAAAAUGUAUGUAACUGAGAAAAAAACGUUUUAGUUUUUUGUCAUUCCCAGGCUAUGUGUCCCGCUGCUGUAGUGACUCCGAUGACUCGUCAGACGAGGACUACCCCGCCGAGCCUCCACCGACGCACACCCGCAAACGCCACACACCCGCCAGCAAAGACAGGGAGGGGUGGAGGAGAGAAGAGGAGGAGCAGAGAGGAGCGGAGGGAAAGAAAGAGAGAGCUGAGAUAGAAGACGAAGAGAAACAAGAGGUGAAGAUCAUUGUGACGUCAGAGAAGGACAUGGAAGUAGAGGAAGAGAACGGAAGGGAAGUGAGAGGAAGAGAGAUAAAUCUAGGAAGUAAAGCUAACAUAGGAACAGUGGAACAGGACAUGGUGCUGGACACUAACUGGUACCACACAGACCCGCGGGUCAACAGUAGCUUCUCCAGCCUGUCCAGUGGCUCUCUGAGGGCUGCCUUGGAGGAGAGCAGCGCUGCAGCUCCAGCCAGAGGAGGAGGCCCAGCCAAGGCCUCCUCUCACGUGGUCGCCCUGCGCGAGGACAGCCCCUCUCUCCGGUCCCAACGGCCGACUCAGGGGAUCACCACCCUGGAUGUCCACCACCCGUUCCUCCUGGAGGUCACAGCUCCCUCUCCUCAGUGUCAGAGAGCGGGCGCCGCCGGCAGCACGGCCUCCGCGCCCGUACGCCCCACCAACCUGAGUUACCGUAGCAAUGACAGCUCGUGCCUGUACUUCAACGAGCUCUCCAAGGGCAGCUACCUCCCCAGCCCCCCCGAGGCCACCAGCGACGAGGAGGAGACGGAGGAAGUUGAGGAUGACGAUGAUGAGGAGGAACUGAGACGGCUCUCUAAGAUACCUAGUCACAUAGACCUGCGCCUCAUCGACAAGAUCUGUGCCCAGUCUAACAAAACUGCUUCCAACAACAAGUUAGACAUCCCCAGAAUCAUCCCCAACCACACCUCCUCCUGUGAAAAGAGGGCGGCUUGUAGCUCCACCCACAAAGGGGAGGAGAGUCUAUCAAGUCACUCUGGAGAUUCCGGGCCUUUCCUAACGCCGUCCCCUAACGCUCCUCCUCCUGUUGCUAGGGAAAGUGCCUCAGAGUCAGACGAUGAGUUCUUCGAUGCCCAGGAGCGGUUCACUCCUCCAGUUCCUCCUGAUGGCACAGGUGGGUUGUUGACUUCUUCACUGACAGAGUAACUGUGUACAGAACUGUUCAAGUGUUUAACGCCCCCAUCUCUCUCUCUCUCUCUCUCUCUCUCUCUCUCUCUGUCUCUCUCUCUCUCUCUCUCUCUCUCUCUCUCUCUCUCUCAGAAAACAGUUUGGAUGCGGCUGACAAUAAUAGACACAGUAAACGCUGGAGUGGCACAGGGAACGGACUGCCAGUGGUACCAGAGAGGGCGCCUCCCUCACCCCUCAAAAAGAAGCACUCCUCACCUGACCACAAAAAACAGCAGGAGACCCAACAAGAUCCAAAGCUCCACUCAAACCAGUCUUCCACUCAGAGUGUCGAUGCCAAGACCAAGCCUCCACCAUUGGCCCCCAAGCCCCAGCUACCCCCCAAACCUGAACUGGCCCCUAAACCCGAACUAGCCCCCAAACCCCAGAUAGACCCCCAGAGGUCUCCCAAGCGUGGGGGUCCGUACGCCCACUGUAAUGGGGAUGCUCGUGGGGGCCACGCAGGUCUCCUGGAGAUAGACACCAUGGAGCCAGAAACAAUGGAGUUUAAAUCAGUCACCUCGGGGGCGGGGGGGCCUCCGCUCGCCUCCCCCCUCAUCACGGCUGUACGGAAGAACCAGCAACCCCCUGCUGGACCUCAGGCUGUGGAGAACAGGCUCAGGCAAGAGAAUGGGCCUAAAAUAGAGAACGGUUCUAAGCAAGAGAACAGUUCUAAGAUAGAGAACGGGACUCCUAACGUGCUUCCUAAGGAUCGUGUUCUGGUCACUGCUGACAAGCAGACAGCCAUGGUUGAAACUAAAACAAAUAGGAUUUCCAUGCUGAAGGGUGAGUUCCGAAACGGGGUUGGGGUGGACCCCCCGAAAAAGCUGCAAAGCUUGUCCCCCAUUCCACGUUCGGCUUCAGGAGAUGAAAUCAGGAUAAGCCUUACCACCCCUCCACCACUCUCUCCCAGAACUUCCCCUCCUUCUCUUCAUCCCCUAACAGUCCUCCCCAUCCCGGUCUCACCGAAAGAGAAAGAGGGGGUGUCCCCCCCGAACGGCCUCCACCCCUGGGGCAGUCGCAAUGGGAGCGCUCAGUCCGGGAGGAAGGUCUCUCUGAGUCAUGAGAACCUGUCGCCCAAAAACGCAGACGGCCCCCACAGUCUGACAACCUCCCUCACCAUUUCCUCCUCUAAAGGGACAGCGGGAGGCCCAGAGAGCACAGGGAGGUCAGGGUCAGGUUCAGACCUGAGGGUCAGUUCGUCCAGCCUGGGGGGCCGUCUGCCUACCUCAGCCCUGAGAGGGAGGAUCCAGGCCCUGCCCUGGUACAUGACCCGCUCCCAGGAGAUCCUGGGCACCCUGGACUACCCCUCCACCAGCUCUGUCAACGAGGAUGUCACAUCCGGGUACGGCUCCGGUCUUUCGGUCAGCGGAGCCUCCGAGGUCAGCAAGGUCACUGCCAAGGCAGUAGGUGAGACUGCAGCGGGUAAAGGGAAGAAGGAAGUGCUGGAGGAUGGAGCUGAGGUCGUCAUAGCGACCAUCAAAGAGUUCCAGGAAGUGACUCCCCGUGUGAAGGAGGCCAAUGGGACGAAUGGGUCGCACCCCAACCAGACCCUGAGAGAAAAUGGGGCGCACGUCUCUGAGCCCUAUGGGUUUCUGGGCUCCUGCAAGUCAGAGCAGCCCCAGUCCAGGCCCCACUCAGAGGUGGGGUUAGGGGGUGGUUCAGGCCCACCCCUAGAGGGGGACUCUCUGGUGCACACCCCUCCCCAGGCCCACCACGAGGCGUGUGGCUGCCGCACCGUCUACGCCAACUGCUUCAGCGGCGACGUGGAGGACGGCUGCGGCUUUGACGAGGAGCUCACAAUCUACGAGUUCUCCAAACGCACGCGCCCCAAACAAGCCCGCUCUACACCCCUGCCCUCCCCCACCUCCCCUGUCCCCUCCCCCAACAUCCUGUCCCUGCUGAGGGACACCCCUCGCCCUCUCUCCACUCUCUCCACUGCCUCCUCAGAGUUUAGCCCCCUCCUGUCCCACCCCAUCUCCCCAACGCCUCCUAUAGGCGCCCUGUGCUCCCUCACCAACAAACGCUACGUAGGGCUGAAGGGGGGCUUUGCCUCCCUGAGGCAGGACAUCGAUCAGCUAUGCCUGGUCCUGGAGAGAGGCACGGCUGGGCCACCACCAUCAUCAGAACCCUCCAAAACAGACCAGGAUGGGUGUAGAGAAGGGGGACCCAACCCAAACCAAGACGUGGGGCAAGAGGAGGGUCCGACCCCGUGCUGUGGAGGGGCAAGUCCUCUGCCCAUGACAGAGGCUGAGAGGAGUUUACUCCAGGCAGAGGCCCGGCGGUUGGCAACAGGGUGCCAGCGUGCCACACGUGUGGGCUGGGCUCCGGAGGAGGCGCUUCGUUCCUUAUCCAACAGCUUUAGUGCUCUUGUGCAGCUCUCCGCAGCCUGCCUGAGAACACACCCCUGUCCUGGCUGUGACAUCUGCCACAAUGAGGGUCAGAUCCAGAGCACUGAUGAUGAGGGCCAGGAGGAGGCUCUGGACAAGCUGAAGGAGAUCGUAGGGCUGUACCGGGAAUUUGUUGGGGCUGUGGAGACGGCUGAAACCAGGGCUGGGGCUGGCGGUGGGACUGGGUCUGGGGAUGGACAGGGGCAGGGAGAGGGUGAGGGGGUGAGGCUGCUGGCCAAACGCUGCACGGUGCUCAUCUCUUCCGUCUUUGCGCUCACGCAGCUGUUCAGGACGCACUCGCCGGACACCACAGACCUGGCAGGUCAAACACAUCUCCACUUUUGA